AUGACCUCCGCGACAGCACUGAGAGUACGCGAAGGACACAACGGAGACCAACAGAAUGAGCAGAGUAACAAUGAUGCUCAUCGGAAGAUCUAUUGGAAAGACAUCUUCAGCUUUACUACUAGAAAGCAUGUCAUUACCGUCUGUGCCUCCGCAGCCUUUGCGACUAUUGCAGCUCUAGUGAUGCCAGCCAUGGCAAUCAUCUACGGCCAGAUCUUUCAUGAGUUUGCCAACUUUGGAGCCGGAGCCAUAUCCUCAGCGGAAUUACUUCACAACACUACACGAUGGAUAAUAUUUCUGACCGGGAUAACUGCAGUGGGUUGGGUCUCGAGCAGUUGUUAUUUCAUGCUGCAGCUUGCUUUUGGCGAGCUCCAAGCCCAGAAUGCCCGGCAAAAGAUCUUCGAUGUUCUCCUACGGAAGAAGAUUGGAUGGUACGACUUGAAAAACAGCGGCGUUCCUGCAAUGCUCUCUGGAAUUCAAAUGCACGUUCGAGACCUCCAGUUAUCUACAUCCCAGCCUCUCGGCGAAGGCUAUCAAAUGGUUAUUAUGAGCAUCGGGGCACUUGUGGUAGCAUUCUAUUCCUGUUGGGAUCUCACUCUAGUCAUAAUCAGUAUCGUUCCAGUCAUUUUUCUCGUCAUGGGGCUUCUCGGUUCACGUCUAUCUCAACGAGCAGUGCAACAAGGCGAGAGACUGCAACAGGCAACUAAGCACGUCACAAGCGCUAUCAGCAAUAUCGAAACUGUCAAAUGCUUCAAUGGCGAACGCUUCGAGCUUCGACGAUUCAUACUCGCAAUCGAUCGUGUAGGAACAUUGUACAAACAGCAAGCCAACUUCCGCUCCUUGCAGAUUGGUUUCAUGCAACUCGUUACCAUGGGAGUCUUUGUCCAGGCUUUCUGGUACGGCAGCCACCUCGUCGUCUCGGGCAAAAGAAACACCGGACAAGUAGUGACAACGUUCUGGGGAGCUCUGAUGGCUAUUCAGGGAAUCACUGGGUUCAUACCCCAGCUCAUUGUGUUGCAGAAAGGAAAGGUAGCUGCGGCAGGACUGAAGCUUCUCUUAGAGGACGAUUCGGAACGGAAAGAACAGACCGAGACUGAUAGCGGAGAUCACCCUCCCCGUUGCACAGGGGACAUAGAGUUCAAAAAGAUUUUCUUUUCAUACCCUACUCGCCCAGACCAAGCCGCAUUGGACAAUGUUUCAGCGUUUUUCCCAGCAGGGGAAACCACUUUCGUCGUCGGCCGUAGUGGCUCUGGCAAGAGCACCAUGGGGCACCUCCUCGUACGCCUCUAUGACCCCCAGUCGGGCCACAUAUACAUCGAUGGCUUGCCCGCUGAUCAAUUGGCCUUGCGAUGGCUGCGAGAAAACAUCACUCUUGUCGAACAACAUAGUGUCCUGUUUAAUGAAACUAUUCGCCGCAACAUAGCUCUGGGCCGCGGAGACGGCCACGUAACAGCGAGAGAUAUCCAUAGAGCAAUCGACUUUGCUGUCCUCAAAGAUGUGAUCAACACUUUCCCACAGGGCUUGGAUACUGCUGUGGGUAUAAAAGGCAACGCACUAAGCGGAGGCCAGAAACAGCGAUUAGCCAUGGCACGGGCUCGAAUACGCAAUACCCCCAUCCUGGUGCUGGACGAGUCGACCAGUGCCCUCGACUACGUAACACGAUCACUUAUGUUUGACGCCAUUCGAAAAUGGCGGCAAGGUAAGACGACGAUUGUGAUCACUCACGAUAUGUCGCAAAUCCUUCCAGAUGACUACGUAUACAUUAUGAAUGAGGCACAGGUGAUAAGAGACGGAUACUUGAAAGAUUUCGAGGCCAAACCCGACCCAUUGUCCUCUGAACUUCUUGAACAAAGCCAAAGACUAAAGUAUGGAGAUUAUGGAGAGUCGGAAACGGACGAUGAAACGGAAGAGAUAAUGUCUCUUUACGACGAAUCCUGGACCACUUGUCACUCUACAGUCGCUGAAACUAUAUUUGGUGAAGCCAUCGCGUCUCCAUUCCUGGCACCGAACCGAAACUCGCUCCUCAUGACGACCUAUAGAAGGCAAUCUACAGUACCAUCCGAUAUAUUUCGGAGUCCUUCACCAGGUGGAGAGACACUUCAUAGAAACAGUGUAUCUAGAGCCUUACCUUCCCCUUACACAGUGAACGAUUCUCUCGGAGUCAAGCAUAAACACUUCAGUAGACCUCUGUCGAUCGUCUCCGAUCCCAGGUUCUCACUCACUCAGGCACUUCCGACACAGAAGGAAACUUUCAACAAAACACACAAGCGUAACGACAGUGGUAUGGAUUCAGUCGAGUCCAACGACAGUACAACAGUUGUCAUUCCUAGUACGACACUCACCAUAUCACAUGUUCUGAAGACUGUAUGGCCGGCUCUCGAUUCCAGGCAUCGAAUCAUGCUCAUUUGCGCAAUUUCAUGCGCCAUGGUUCACGCUGCUUGCACCCCUUCGUUUGCGUUUGUCUUUGCAAGACUGCUCUCCACGUUCUACGCUACUGCCGAUCAACAAAAGCUAGCCCUCCGUUACGCUCUAAUUAUUCUCGGAAUCGCCAUACUCGAUGGUAUUGCAGCCUACAGCUUUCAUUUCCUGUUCGACAUCUGCGCCCAGCGGUGGGCCAACUUCUAUAAAGAAGAAGCAAUGCGACGCAUCUUGAAACAACCGCGACAGUUCUUCGAUCAUGAAAUUAAUAGUAUCGCGAGUAUAUCGGAAUGCCUUGGUCACCUUGGAGAAGAGGCACGCAAUCUACCAGGACGUUUCCUUGGCAUUGUCAUAGUCAUGAUUGCGAUGGUAUGUGUUGCCCUCAUCUGGAGUUUGAUCAUAUGUUGGAAGAUCACAUUAGUUGCUCUUGCUACGGGUCCUAUCCUAUUUGCUAUUAUGAGAGGCUACAACGCUGUCAGUGGACGCUGGGAGACCCGAACAAAUGCAGCAAGUGAGGCGGUCGGCCAGAUCAUGCAUGAAACAUUCACCAGCAUCAGAACGGUGCGUUGCCUCCAACUUGAGACGAUUUUCCAGAGAAAGUCACGGAUGGUCAUCAACAUGGCUCUCAAAACUGGGAUCAAGCGCGGAAUUUACAUCGGUUCUAUAUUCGGACUCAACUUAGCCGCUCCCUACUUUGUUGCCUGCCUACUACUCUGGUACGGAUCAACUGUCCUUGCGUCACGAGAGUUCACCAUUACCAAUAUCAUCGAGACUUUCACGAUCAUACUCCUGAGUGUCAACCAAGUCAACUACAUUGGCAACUAUAUCCCCCAGAUCAAUGUCUCCAAAGACGCAGCAUCAAGGUUGCUCCGAUUAGCAAGACUGCCGCAAGACUCCCACGAGCAGGACGGUGACAGCGAGCUCCCCAACGCUGGAGACAUAACCUUGCAAAACGUUAACUUUAGCUACCCAGUGCGCAAGGACCAACAAAUCCUGACAGAUGUUAGCUUAAAGAUUCCAAAAGGCAGUUGUACAGCCAUAGUGGGCCCAUCCGGUUCUGGAAAGUCCACCAUCGCCUCUCUACUGCUUAAGCUAUAUCCAAUCGAGGCAUCUGCCUAUUCUCACAAUGGUCGGAUUACUAUAUCAGGGCAUGAUAUUAAAGAUCUCCAAACUCUGGCUCUUCGCUCUCAUAUGGCCAUAGUAUCACAAACCCCUGUCCUAUUCCCAGGAACAGUGGCCGAAAACAUCGCGUAUGGACUCUCGCCUUCCUCGCCAAUUGUGUCUCACGACAACGUCCGCUUAGCUGCGCAGGCCGCCGGCGUGGACGACUUCAUAAUGAGUCUAUCCAACGGCUACCAGACUAUCGUUGGUGAAGGCGGCACCGGCGUGUCUGGCGGUCAGGCCCAGCGCAUUGCCAUAGCGCGAGCUCUGAUCCGCAAUCCAGACAUCCUCAUCCUUGACGAAGCGACCAGUGCUCUUGACGGCGAGUCCGCCAACAUCAUCCGCGAAACUGUGCAACGACUCGUCGCGGAAAAGAAACAACCCGAGGAGCCUCUAUGGCAGAAUGGAACCAAGAAGUUCAGGUACAGACGUCAGAAACGGAACAUGACUGUCAUCAUCAUCACGCAUGCGAGGGAGAUGAUGGCCAUUGCUGAGAACAUCAUCAUGUUGGAUAAGGGCAAGGUGAUCGAGGAGGGUGGGUUCGACGAUUUGAGGUACAGGGGGGGUCCUUUCAGUAGGCUUCUACAAGGUAAAGGGGUUGAGGACUAG